CAUGCGGUGGGAGGGGGGCGGUGUAAAGGGGCGGGGCCCCGAGGUUCCCGCCCACGUGGGGGCCACCGCCGCCGCUGCCUCCGGCUGAGCAGCGCAGAGCGCGCGGUGACUCCACGGCGCUCGAGGCGCAGGAUGAGAGCGUGAGCAGGGAGGCCUCACCUCCUCACCUCACCUCAUCACCUCACCUCCUCAUCUCACCUCCUCCUUCCCUCGCUCGCUCACGCACCGCAGGCGGGAGCUGCGCGGCGUGCAAGGCGCGGCAGGAGCCCCUCGGGGAUGAGAUCGCCGGCUGUGGACGAGCGCGGCGAUGAGUCCCGGCGGGAGCACGCGGGCAGGAGCGUCCUCCUACCCCGGGGGUUGAAUCCAUUUGUCUGCCGCUCGCCUCCACGCGGGGCCCACGCGACUCGGUCUGCCUAGUGGGGGAGGCGAGAGACUGCGGGGAGCAGCAGCAGCAGCAGCAGCCCUGCCCGCCUGUGCGUUACUACUACUACUACCACACGGUUCACGCUCGCUGUGAACACGGUGGGUUUUCUACAAAAAAUACUUCAUCGAUUAAGUUCCCCGCACGACCAUGCGCCACGCGACCGAUACGUUCCUGGGGCUUUCUGAAAGGACCUCGAGAUGGGAUGGACCCUCUGGGGGGUCUCGGUUUGGCCAAGGAUGCCCCUCUUAAGCAGCAGCAGCAGCAGCAGCCGCGGUCUCGUUCUGCCGGCAAGAGGAGAGUGUAGCCACUGACCGCCACCACGCGUGCGAGAUGAACACAAGGGGCCGUGCCCAUCACCACCACCAUCAUCACCACGACGACGAGCGCGCGUGCGUUGCAGCCGAAGCAUGAAGUCUGCGAAGGUUUGGCGAGACGCGGCCGUGCGCUCGCGCAAGCUCGGACCCGAGCUGCGUCGCGUCGCGCUCGGCGUGAACGGCAGCGGCCGCCUCUCGCUGCCCUCCGUGCUGCAGCUGCAGCAGGAGGUCGUGGACGUGCUCGACCUGGGCAACAACGCCCUGGAGGAGCUUCCCGACGCGCUGGCUCAGCUGCUCGCCCAGCUGCAGGUGCUGGUGCUGCGCAGGAACCGCCUGUCCGCGCUGCCCGCCUGCGUGCUGGCGCUGGACCAGCUGCGCGAGCUCGACCUGAGCCACAACCGCCUCGCGGCCCUGCCCGCCGACCUGCGGGCCUUGAGGAGCCUCCAGAAGCUGUGCGCGGCGCACAACCGCCUGCGCUCGCUGCCCGACUCCAUCGGGGAGCUGAGCUCGCUCGCGGAGCUCGACGUGAGCUUCAACGAGCUCGAGACGCUGCCCCGGCGGCUCGGGGCCCUGCGCCGGCUGCGGGCGCUGGACGUGGACCACAACCGCCUCGCGGCCUUCCCCGAGCAGCUGCUGGCGCUGGCCGAGCUGGAGGAGCUCGACCUGUCCGGCAACAGGAUCGAGCGCCUGCCCGAGGAGGGCUUCCGCGGCCUCGGCAGCCUCGCCGUGCUGUGGCUCAGCAACGCGCACCUCUCCGCCGCCCUGCCGGACGCCUUCUGCGAGUUGCACCACCUCGAGAACCUCAUGAUGGACGGCAACGAGUUGGACGCCCUGCCCGCCGCCUUCGGCCGCCUGCGGAGACUCAAGAUACUCAACCUGUCCUCCAACCGCUUCGCCGAGUUCCCCGCGGCGGUGACCGAGCUGUCGAGCCUCGAGGAGCUGUACUUCAGCAGGAACCUGCUGCCCGCGGUGCCCGAGAGCGUCUCGCUUCUGCGCAAGCUCACCGUCCUCUGGCUGGACAACAACCGCCUGCGCUACCUGCCCGACGGCCUGGUGGAGCUGGGCCAGCUGGAGGAGCUGGUGCUGCAGGGAAACCAGAUCGCCAUCCUGCCGGACAACUUCGGCCGGCUGGCCAACGUCAGGGUGUGGAAGAUCAAGGACAACCCCUUGAUACAGCCUCCGUACGAGGUCUGCUUGAAGGGGGUCCCGCACAUCGCGGCCUACCAGAAGGAGCUCUCCAGCCAAAGGCCCGCGGCGAGGCCCAGGCUCAAGCUGGUGCUGUUGGGCGCCGAGGGCUCGGGGAAGACGACGCUGAAGAGCUGCCUGACGGAGAGCCCGGGCGACGGGGGCGACGGGGGCGAGGGGAUAACCGCGUCCCACUGGGAGACGCCCAGCGACGCCGGCACCACCUUCGUGGUCUACGACCUCUCGGGAGCCCCCCACUACGAGCUGAUGCAUCAGUUCUUCCUGUCCCCCGGCGCGCUCUACCUGCUCGUGGUGGACCUGGAGAGCUACGUCCCCGCGGCGUUCGACGGCGCCGUGGGCUACUUCUUGCGCCUGCUGGGCGGAAAGCUGCCGGGCUGCGUGGUGUGCCUGGCGGGGACCCACUCGGACGGGUGCAGCGCGCGCGACCUGGAGGAGAGGUGCUUGGACAUUCACCUGCGCAUCGCGCUGCAGGAGCUCGGCGACUGCGCCCUGUUGAGGACUUGUAAGGGCGCCGCGGACGAGGCCGCCGCCGCCGCGCGCGGCGAACGCCUCCCGGAUCCUCCGGCUCCUGAGUUCCAUGGCGUCUCCGAGAUGAACCUGGGUGUGAGGAGCGCCAGACUGGGCUUCUUGCUCAACCACCGCCUGCAGAUCCUGUCGCCCGUGCUGCCCGUCAACUGCCGCUCCACCCAGCCCGGCGGCGGGGGCCCCGGCGGCGUGGCGCGGCUGCGCAGGCGGCUGCUGUCGGUGGCGGCGAGCGCGGACAUCUUCCCGGACCUCCACCGGGCGCUGCCGGCGUCGUGGCCGCGCCUGGAGCAGCUGCUGGGCCGCGCCGACCCGGGCCCCGGCGCGCCUGCUGGGCCGCGGGGAGACGCGGCGGUGCGCGCCGCGCUGGGCGCCGGCCUCUCGGAGGAGCGUCUCCGCGGGGCGCUGGCGCACCUGCACGCCUGCGGGAGGCUGCUGCACCUGGACGGGCGGGAGGAGGAGGGGGAGUCGGGCGACGGCGGCGGCGGCGGCGGCGGCGGCGUCCUGCUGCGCGGCCCGGCGCGGCUGCUGGAGGCGCUGAACGCGCUGUGCGAGAGGCGGCCCGCGGCGUUGCUGCGCAACCUGCGGCGCGCGGCGCGCCGCGCCGACGCGGACGUGCGGCCUGCGCAGCUGCGCCACUGCCUCCGCGGGUUCCUGCUGCACGGCCUCCUGCCCCUGCCCGCGCUGCGCUGGCUCCUUCAGCCGCAGCACCAGCAGCAGCACGAGCAGCAGCAGCAGCAGGAGGACCCGGACCUCACGCUGCAGCUGCUGGAGCGGCUGGGGCUGUGCUACCGAGUGCGGCCGGGCCGAGGGGCCGGGGGAGCGGCCCUGGGCAGCCCAGCGGGCAGCGCGGGGCCCGCGGGCAGCGCGGCGGGGACGUGGUACCGAUUCCCGUGGAACGUGCGGGCCGAGGCGCCGCCCGCCGAGGCGUGGCUCAACUCGGCGGGGCUGCUGGAGCAGGCGUUCGUCGUGGAGCAGCUCACCAUCGAGUUCCGAUUCCCGCUCUUCUGCCCGCCCGGCCUCUUCUCCAGGUACAGCGCCCGCGUGAACCCCCACGUGGUGGAGCGCUCGGACGGGCGGCACUGCGUGUGCGCGUACCGCGGCAAGGUGCCCGUCACGCUGAGCGUGCGGCGCCGGCGCCGUGGGCCUUCCUGGGGAUCGGACGUCCGGGAGGGAGACUCCUCCCCGUCCAAGCAGCAGCAGCAGCAGCACGAAGAUGAGGAGGAGGAAGAGGACGAAAAAGACUCGGAGCAGCCAGGAGGAGAGGGAGACUGCUCGGUAGCAGGCGACGUCGGGGACGGCGCGUCCGCGAGGAGCGGGGGCCCGGCCACCGUCUGCAUCGCGAGCCACGCCACGCUGGCCAACGUGUGGACGGCCUGGCAGGCGGUGCUGCCGCUGGUGGAGGAGCUGAGCGCGCUGCUGCAGGAGUGGCCCGGCGUCCACUACACGCUGCACGUGCUCUGCGCCAAGUGCCUGCGCCGCGGGUGCCCGGACCCGCACGCCUUCCCCGGUGAGCUGCUCAGUCAGCCACGGCCAGAGGGCGUCACGGAGCUGGUGUGCCCGCGGGGCGGCACGGGCUCGGAGAGAGUGCACGUGUCGCUCGUGUACCCCCCCUCGCCCAUCUCCCUCAAGCCCUGCCCGCCCGCGCCCUGCUCGCUGCCCCUGCCACCGUCGCCGUCUCCGGGACCCUCUCCGUCCCCGUCUCCCACCGCCCCCGGCGGACCGCACACCCUCCCGGCCGCCACCGCCACCACCUCACCCGGCUCCUCGCUCAGCCUCUCCCUCACGUCUGUGUCCAGCCCGAGUUCCCUGGAAUCCCGUCCCGCUUCGAAACCGCCCUCUCCCUCGCCCUCUCCCUCGCCCUCGCCCGCGACGCGUGCCGGCACGCCCGCCGACCGGCACGCCGGAUCGCCGCCCAACCCGCCAAACUUGGAGUCUCUCAGCUCCACGGAGACGCUGCACGCGCGCCUCUACCCCAGCGCCGUGAUGACCACGCCCAAGCCGGGCGCGACGUGCUGCCCGCAGGACGGCCAGCCGGGCGGAGCUGCCAGGGCUCGCCCCCACCCGCCGAGCAAGCCCAGCAUCGUCACGCACAUCGGCACCCACCCCGUGCGCCGGCCGCACGCCGCCGACGGGAGGCCCGCCGCCGGGACCGCCGCCGCGGCCGCGCACGCUCGGGCCGCCGGCUUGGCGUCGGCGCCAGGCAUGGCCUCGCGUCCCCGGUUGGUCGCUCCUCACCGGCGGCAGCACGGCGCCGGCGUCGUUAGCAGAACGACGCGGCCGCAGGGCCGUGCCAGCCACAGCUCGGCGCCGCACUCGCCCACGGAGCCGCUCCCGCCGGCCUGCGCGCAGCCGCGGAGCCUGUCAUGGCCGACCGUGCACGGCGCCGCCGCCGCCGUCACGAGCGCGACCUCCACCCUCGCCCCUAACCCCACCGCGACUUCCCGGCCACACCUCAGGAACGGCGCGCGACCAGGACCCCCGGCCAAGUGAGCGAUGGGAGGGGCCGCGAGCUGCCCACGCCCGGGCCGGGUUUGGCAGCGCGAGAGCGGUGGCCGCUGUCCGUUCCCUGUUAUGGAGCCCCUGGAUCUCAUGGUCGGGGGGGAACCCCUUGGGACUGCUCGAGGGGGGAACCCACGUGACCGUCGCCACGCGAGACCGAGGAAGCGCCGCGUAUUCACGGUCUCCACGUAUUCACGUUCUCUCCCGCUGCCAUUUGCUCGGCGAUGACUUUGGCCAACCCUUAUGGACGUGCGGCUCGGCAGAGUCGGCAGAGAGAAAGGUGCACGGAGCCGCGCUCGCUGCAUGGGGGGGCGAGCCGACUGCCGUGCCAUGACGAUGCGCUGCUUGGAAAGAGCAGAGCGAUCUCACGUGGGACUUCCUCCUCCUCCUCCUGCUCCCCUCGCUGUGGCCGCAUGUCCGGGUUCUCCACGCUGCUCCACCCGCAGCGCCGCCGGCCGUUCAAGAGGGCCUUCUCUGUGCGCUCCCACGGCAGUGCGGAUGCUCACGCUCUAAGCUCGUGAUCUCCCAUCGGUGGACAUUUUCCCGAGUUUGUUGCCAAAUAAAAGGUUUUUGUUUUUAUGUUUCAUAUUCUCAGCCAUGCAGAAACAUGUGUACGGAAUUAUGUGGUGCACUGUUUGGAACUGUGAAAGGAAAGCUCGUUGGGAAUAAAUAAUUCCUUAUGGCCUGAAGGUGUGAACCUAAAUCGUGCAUCAUUUUUUUGAUGUGCCACACUCAAUGCACUUUUUCCUCAUUUUUUUAAAAAGAGGUGGCUGACUUGCUCAGAGGGCUAAUGCUACACUCAUGUAAGAACAAUGAUCAAGAUAUCCUGAAAUACAAUUCAUGCUUUGUUAGCUCAAAUAUUAAACCACUCUGUCAUAACUUAAACAUUUGAUGGUCUCAGCCAAGGUCACCCAUGGAUAUGCAAAACUACCAUUGUAAAAAAAAAUGGUAUUUAUUUUCCUCAAGUCCAUCUGUGAUGCAUUGAUUAACGUCAGUUCUUGCGCUCAUUAUACGUACAUCGAAGCGCGCACGUAAGAGAUGAUUCUGAUUUGUUGUUUGCAAAUGACGCGUUACGGUUAUUCUAAAGGAGAAAGAAAACUGCAAUCGAGACGACGAAGCGUAUUCUUGAAUCUAAUCGCGACCCCCAAGUUGUGACAAUCGAAUCGCUGGGGGAUGCGGGCUUUGGGAGUGAAUCUUUUCCCAUGACUGCUGCUCACACAGCGUGAAGGACUGCCACCUUGUGGCUGAUGGAAAAGAGAGGCCGACUGAUGAACUAUUGGCAAAAAGGUUUGGUUAUUGUUCAAGGUUGUUCAGAAACAAGAUGCAGUUCUUUUCAAGCUUUUCCCUUCAUCCUCAGAUGCUGAUAACAUGAAAUUAGAAUGCAUUUUCUGACAGUAUCCAUCAUAUUGUCCAUAUUUAUAAAGAGAAAAUAUGAAUCGCAUCUUGGCCUGCAUGCACACACAUGCAGAUGCUGACUAAAAUGUUAAUUCUUUUGCUCAGGGGGGAAAUGCCCAUUUUGUGAGCACUGCGUGAACACUGCUGAGAUCCUGGCUUCAGCUAGGAUUACCACCGGCUGCACAGAACAACUGGCCAUACAUUCGUUUCUACACUUAAGUUCAUCCGAGGAAUUAAUUAUAAAUAUAACUCCAGACAAAACAAGCCAAGUGAGGUUAUUCCAGAAGUCAUUCUGGGGUUUAAACUUCUGGCAGCAGUCCCUGGCAUGGCGUUGUGCUCUGAGAACUGAUUGAAGGAGUUCCACGAGGACAAUCAUCCACCUCACGGCGAAAACAAAUCGUCUAGGGGUGUGCAUGUUACACCUUAUGCUUACUUCUUCGUGUGGCAUGGCAACCUGUUGUUUACGGCACGUGAUUUUAACGAAUUGUUUUGUAUAUUUGCAAAGAUGAAACAAGUGUUCCGGGGGGGGGGGGGGGGGGGGGGGGGUGGGGAACGGUUGUGUCCGUGUGCACCGAGGUUUCACAGCUUCUUGCCUUAACGUUGAAGCUCAGUGCCGAGUUGGAGGUGGGGGGGUCUCUGUACGUGCAAGCACCCGCGCGCUUUGUCUGCAUCCACGGUUCUUGCACUUUGUACAUUUCGUUUUCCACUCGAGCAAAUUUCUGGCGAGCAAGGGGGGUGGUGUGUGUUUGGUGAGAUCACAGUUUUUUUGAACAUUCACCACACGUGCAAUUCAAAGCACAGAACAAGACAAAUAUCCACGUGACUCAGGAGUCUUGAUAUGUUUCACAUUGUUUUCAGAAGUAACUUUAAACAAAGUUGCUGGCUUUAUCCAUUUAUUGACGCUCCUCUUAUAUCUGUGGGAGAGUGUGUGUAAGUUGUUGCUUGAAAUGUGCUUUUGUUCAUGAAGCAAUAUUCACUUUCACAAUUGGGCGGGUGUCUGGUGAUAGGGAUUUUGCAUCCCAAAUAAAGGGAAUUUUGACACUGA